AUGCCGAACAGCCCUGGCGUGGCCCAGGCAUCGAAGUACAUGUUCUGGUGCAUGAGCAUGGGGCCGCCGUGGGUGAAGCAUGACGAAUGGACCGAGACGGCCAAUGGCCUGCAAGACACGCCGACAAUUGCGCAGAUCGCGGGCCCGCAGCAGGAUGCUGCCGCUCCACCAGCCAUGGCGGCCCCGUCGAAGGCAACAGUCGCGGUGGACCCGCAGGCGGAGAAGCAGGCGGCGGGCAACGCCGAUGGCGGCAAGCAGGCGCCGAGCCUGCCAGAAGGCGGGGGUCGACUCCUCGCGACGGCGCGCUGCGGCGGGCCGCUCCUGGCGUUCCUCUGGGCGCUCGUGACGGUGGUCCGCGACCCGCCGAGCCCCGAGGAGGAGCCGCUGGAGGGUGAGGAGUUCACGCCCGAGCGGGUGAUGCCAGUGGAGGUAUGGAGCAGGCGCUACUAUCGCCGGAGCGCGACGGAUGGCGUGGAGAUCUUCCUUGUGCGACGGAAGACAGGAAAUUGCUGGGCAGCCCUGUUGCCCGACCUAUCAAUGGGGACCAUCACGAUCACUGCGAAGACGACGGUCUUCGCCGACCCAGUGCCAGGCAUCCGCUGGCAGGCUCUCCCAGCACUCAGCCAGGUGCAGAAGGACAGCUUCAUGCAGCAGGCCACGGACGGACUGCGAGCAGGGACCAUUCCACCUUUGGACUUGUACCGACCGGGGCGUCAGGCUCAGCAGGCUGUCGCCGUCAACGUGGCCUAUGCCGUGGCCAGUUCUGCGCGCUCUUCGCUGCGUACGGUGCGGUGGGCGCUGCGCUCGCCGUAUCGGUUGCUGGGCUUGCUGGCGCUGGGCUUCGUGCUGUUCGAGGCUCUGAAGUACCUGGGGGUGGUGGACAUGAUCGUGGAGACCUGGCUCGCUUUCGUGAGUUGGAUCGUGACCUGCAGGGACACGCUCAUCGAGUCGUCCGAGACAAUCCAGGAGUGGGUGUCUUACGGUGGCGAGUGGUUGGAGUGGGCUCGAAAGCUCAUGCCGCUGCGGCGCUGGGCGGCCUUGCUGCUGGCCCUCAUCCUGCUCAUGAUCUGGGGAGCUCACGAGAUGCAGGAGGCGGAGGAGGCAGGUCAUUCAUCAGUGGCCUCGUCCUCUGCAUCGUCGGUGGUCGGAGACGUUGGAGGAGCCGCGGCCGUGGCGCCUCCGCUGCCACCGCCGGUCGCGGCUCCGCCGCCCGCGGCGGCUCCGUCCGACGCCGCGCUCGUGGCCCAGUUGGACGACUUGGCCGAGUCCCAGAGAGCGAUGGCGGCGGAGCUGAACGAGAUCAGGAUCGCCGAACGUGCGCGGGGGCUGAGGCGCUCGGCCAUGGUGUCGUCGAGCGUAGACCGCGGUGCCGAGGCGGCGGCUGCCAACCAGCUGCAGAUCCAGUCCAUGCUGAGUCGCCUCGACGAGUUCGAGGCUCGCUUGCAGGGAGGUGCGGCGGCGGGGCCCCCUGCGGCAGCCGCGGCACCCUCUCCUGCCACCCCCGCGGGCGCGGCGGAGGGCCCCACCUCGCCUGCGCGCGCGGACGCGACGGUGCUGAUGGAGACUCCGGACAAGCGUGCGGCCUCGGAGCCGGCCGAGGCGGUGCCCCUGGCCAUCAAGCGGAUGAGGUUCAAGGCUCAGAUGCCGCAGCAGGUCUUCUUGGAGCAGCUGGAGGACUUCAAGGAGUGCCCAGCGUCAGAGUGGGCGACCAAGAUGCCCGAGGGCUACAGAGAGAGGAUCGCCCCGGACGUGCUCUCGGAGGUCUACUCGACGGGGAAGACGGCGGAGGCCUGGGCGAGGGACUACAUCCGGGACCGGGGCCUCACCGACUGCAACACCGCUCGGGAGAUGAUCGCGACCUUCGCGGCCGUGGACACCAUGCUCAUGACGGACCGCCAGAAGGGGCUCUUGAAUCAGGUGAGCUUCGAGAGGCUGGUGCGAAAGGGUUACGCGCUGGUGAGGGCCUACCGCAACGUGCACUGCCGCGACGAUUGGAGCAGGCCCAAGGACUCCAAGAGCUGGAAGUCCAAGGUCGACUGGGAGGCGGCGCGGCGCUUGGACCCGCAGCUGGCGGACGAGAGCACGAUCAGGGUCAUGAGUGCGGAGGAGGAGGUGAAGAAGGCCAUGGGUCGGGACGCGCAGUUGAUCAAGGCGCGCACGCACCUGGACGGCGGGGGUGCGAGCCCGCCCACGUCGAGCUCACGGCGGGUGCUCUCACGCUGGCGGGAGGAGUUGGACAUCGCGCAGCGGGCCAAUCGGUGCUUGCUGGGACUUCGCCAGCUCUACCGUGGGACGUUUGGCGACGAGCUCUUGCAUCCUGGGGAGAUCUGGGGUCAGGGGCCACUGCCCAGCACCAUGGACGGGGACCUCUCGAGGCGUGUGCUGGAGGAGGUACGUCGCCUACCACCGCCCCCCUCGACGCCCGAGCGAGGAGCCGCGAUCCUGCGGCUGCGUCCCGCCGCUACGGCGGCGGAGAACCAAUCCCGGUCGACCUAUGCCCAACGGUUGGCCGAGUUGCGGAGGAGGUGUGCUGGUGGACAGGUGCGACUGCCAGACCGGGGCGAAACGUUUCCCGCCCAUUGGGAGCGGGUCGCUCUUCCCCCUCCGGGCUCAAUGCCGGUGAGCGCGAGGUCUGCGUCGCCGAGAGUGGCUCAGAUGCUGGGCGAUUUCCGGAGGGAGAUGCUGAAGGAGGACGGCGAGGAGUGCGUCAGGGCCGCGGAGGUGAAGAACUACGUGGACCCGCGCUUCCGCCGAAAGAAGGACAUGCUGAUGCUGGCCAGGCGCAUGGCUCUGGCCGGGAUGUUGUGCCGCUGCGAGUCGAAGGUGGACGAGGUCGGGCUCUUCUGUGUGGUGAAGAAGGCCGAGAUCGUGGACGGCGAGCCCUUGGUGUCGUUGCGCUUGGUGUUCGACCAGCGGCGCUCCAACUUACGAUGGCGGUCGCCGCCGUGGUGUGCCAUGGGCGGUGUCAGUGCCAUGUCGUUCCUGGACGUGUCCGAGGAGAUGAUGGAGGAGGGCGCUCGGAUGGUCUUUGGGACUGGCGACCUCCCCGACUUCUACUACACGUUGGACUUGGGCGAGGCGAUCGCGCCCUACUUCGUGCUGCCUGGGGUCCGGGCUUCGGAGCUUCUCGACGUUCUCCCCUCGGACGCCUGCCUGAGUGGGUUGGGCGAGCACGUUGGUGCGCGGGUGGCGCUGAUGGGCUUUUCUUGGGCCUGCUGGAUGGCCCAGACGACCAUGGAGGACCUGUUCAACUCUGGUCCCUCCCUGGGCAUGCCCGCUCUCGCCGAGGAGCAGCGGCUGGCAGAAGGCGGUCCGCUGCCCCUGAUCAGUCGAGAGGUUCCCGCGGCCCACUACGAGUACAUCGACGACUUCGGCAUCAUCGGGGUGGACUACCCUCCCGUCGCCGACGCCGAGCCGCCCACGCAGGUCAGGGACAUCUGGUUGGGAGCCAAGUACUUGGUGAACGCCGCGGGCUUCAAUGUGCACAAGGACGACUGCUCGGGGCAGGCUCGGAUGAUCGGCGGGGACUUUGUGGGCACCCGCCUCGCCCCGAACCAGGACAAGAUGUGGCUGGCCGUGGCCGGGGUGAGCGAGAUCCUCAGGCAGCGGUCGGAGUUCCCGGACGCGGUGGCCAAGAUCGUGGGCAUCCUGUCCUGGGGCUUUCUGAUCACUCGAGGGGCCCUGAGCGUCUUCUCGGAGGUCUACCACUGGUGCAUGGAGUUCCGAGGGGGCCCCCGCCGUCGGCUGCCCGACGAGGUCCUUCGCGAGCUGGCCUUGGCAGCGGCGGUGGUGCCGUUGGUGUCUGUCGACCUGGCCAUGCCCUGGGACCCCACGGUGACGAUGUUCGACGCGAGCCUCUACGGCGGGGCUAUCAUCUCUGCCCAGGCCGACACCCAGGAGAUGCGUCGCGAGGGCGUCGAGCUCGGGACGCGCGUGAGAGCCCCUCCGGUGCACGCUUGCUGGGACGACAUGUCGAGGUGGAAGGAGACGGGUCAGGUGAUCGAGGAGCUGGCGGACAUCGCGGAGGAGGAUCCGUUCGCGCCGCUGCGGCUGGGCUGGCCCGUGAGGGCGAAGGUGCUGCGCUUCCUGCACCUCUGCAGCGGCCACACGCGCUCGGGCGACUUGGAGUUCUGGCUCGCGCGUCUCGCGGCCCGUCGGGGGUAUGUGAUGCAGUGCACGAACGUGGACAUCGGGUUCGGGCCGGAGUUCGACCUGUCCGAGGAGGUGAACGUGCGGAGGCUGGAGCUGCUCGCCGAGCUGGAGGUGGAUGGAGGCCAUGCUGGGCCCUCGUGCGCUACGUGGUCGAGGGUGCGCUUCCAGCCAGGAGGACCUCCUCCUGUGCGCCUCCGCUCGCACCCUUGGGGCCGUCCCGGUCUUCACGGCGCCGACUUGAGGAAGGUGGAGAUGGGCUCGGCGCAGUUGUUGAGCAGCCUGCGCGUGCUCAGGGCGAUUGGCCUCCGAGGUGGCUCGGUCUCGCUGGAGCACCCUGCCGACCCGGGGAAGCCUCCGUUUCCCUCGAUCUUCGCGACGCCCGAGGUGCUGGAGUGGGAGGAGACUCUCGGUGCCUACAGGGUGACCUUCCCUCAGUGCAUGUGGGGCUGCCCCGCUCUCAAGUUGACCACCAUCUCGGGAACAGCCAAGCACCUGCAGCGGUUCAUUCGCCCAUGUAUUCACAAGAACCACAUGGCGAGCUUGUGCGGGAAGGACGAGACUGGCCGCUUCAGGACGCGGGUAGCCCAGGCUUACUCGUCCGAGCUCUGCCGCGCGCUGGCGGAGCGCCACCUGGACGCUAUGCUGGACGGGCGCGAGCGGCGCGAGGCGGAGUUCACAGAGAGGGCCGUGGAGCUGCUGAUCAAGGAGACGCUCGAGCGGAGGCGGCGCGACAUCCGGGACAUCGACGUGCUGCCCGCCUCCUUCCUGGAGGCCUCAGGCUGA